AUGCCAAUGCCAGGUCAACAAAAGAGAUUGUUUAACUCUCUGAACUCCACUUCCCCGGAUACCCUCCAUCAAGUUGUCUCCACCAACCAGACAGAUAUUCUGUGCCAGGGGUUCUUCAUUCCAGAUCAAUUGUUCUUGACCCUGGGGCUGCUGAGCCUGGUGGAGAAUGUUAUGGUGGUGGUGGCCAUCAUCAAGAACCGCAACCUCCAUUCACCCAUGUACUAUUUUGUCUGCUGCUUGGCUUUAUCAGAUCUUCUGGUGAGUGUCAGCAACCUGCUGGAGACCUUGGUGUUGCUACUGCUGGAGAAAGGGGUGCUGGUGAUGCAGGCGCCUAUGGUGCAACAGCUUGACAAUGUCAUUGAUGUGUUGAUCUGUGGUUCCAUGAUGUCCUCAAUUUCCUUCCUAGGAGCCAUCGCGGUUGAUCGCUACAUCAGUAUCUUCUAUGCCCUUCGCUACCACAGCAUUGUCACCCCUUGUCGAGCUCAGGGAGUCCUUGCUGGCAUCUGGGUGUCCAGUGCCCUCUCUGGUACCCUCUUCAUCUCCUAUUACAACCAUGUUGCAGUCCUGCUCUGUCUCAUUGCCUUCUUCUUGUCUAUGUUGGGGCUUAUGGUGGUCCUCUACAUUCACAUGUUUAUCCAAGCAUGCCAGCAUGCCAGGAGGAUUGCUCGGCUGCACAAGAGAUGCACAAUUCACCAACUGUCAAUCCUCAAGGGGGCUGUCACCCUCACAAUCCUGUUGGGCAUCUUCUUCCUCUGCUGGGCCCCCUUUUUCCUGCACCUCACGCUUAUUGUCCUCUGUCCCAAGCAUCCCACAUGCAGCUGCUACUUCCAGAACUUCAACCUCUUUCUCAUUCUCAUCAUCUGCAACUCAAUCAUUGACCCUCUCAUCUAUGCCUUCCGCAGUCAAGAGCUCCGCAAGACUCUAAAGGAAGUCAUUCUGUGUUCCUGGUAA